ACCAACCCAUCUCCAAGAUGAAAUUGUUACUCAUUGCUCUCGCUUGUGUUCAGUUCUCUAAAUGUAUGGUCAGAGUGCCUUUGAUUAAGGGCAAAUCUGCCCAAGAUGUUCUCCAGGAGAAAUGUUUGCUGGAAGACUUCCUGAAGAAACAUCCGUAUGAUCCCUGCUCAAAAUUUGAAGGACCCUUAUUCUCCCAAUCACUGGAUUCAUCAGAACCAAUGAUUAACUACCUGGAUCUGUCAUACUAUGGAGCAAUCAGCAUUGGGAAUUCACCACAGAACUUCACCGUCUUCUUUGACACUGGUUCAUCCAAUCUCUGGGUCCCUUCAGUUUACUGCUCUGAACAGUCAUGCAAUGAGUAA